CCUACCAGUGACACCCCCAUCUCCCCUCCCCUUCUGGGCCCACCGAGUCCUCCCCAGCAGGUCCCGAGGCAGGCCUGUGACGUGGUGGCCCUGCUCACAACAACAACACUGUAGCCAUGGCCAGUUUCAACGAGGACAGCCUGAAAAAGAAGCUAGAUGACCUGAACAUGUCCCAGCAAUCCAUCCAGACAGUAUCCCUUUGGCUGAUCCACCACAAGAAACACGCGCACACUGUGGUCAAUGUGUGGUACAGGGAGCUCAUUGCUGCCACAGACUCCCGGAAGCUCACAUUUAUGUACCUCGCCAAUGACGUGAUUCAGAACAGUAAGAAGAAAGGUCCGGAGUACAACAAGGAGUUUGGCAACAAGCUGGGCAAGGUGUUUGAGCAUCUUGGGGGAAUCCGCCUUGAUGAGAAGUCUGUGCACGGCCUCAACCGGCUUCUCACGGUCUGGGGUGAACGGAAUGUGUUUGACCAUGAAAAGGUUAAGCUCUUCACAAAAAACCUCAAUAAGGGAUUGAAAAUUAAGGAGGGCGGUGGCAAAAAGCGGCAACACGGCAGUAAACAUAAGAGAGAAUCCUCUAAAAAGCAGCGGAAGGAGAAUGUUGAGUCAACAGACUCAUCUCGCUUGAGGAGGGAGAGUGAGGGAGACCUGUCCCCCCAGACCACCCCGCCCCCUAGCGACCCCCCUGAGCCUGAGCAGCUGAUUGAAGCUUUGCAGGAACUUGAGAGUGCAGCUACCUCAGAUGCAGUUGUUCGUGAGAAAAUUGCAAGCCUUCCAGAUGAAGUGUCUGAUGUGACCCUCCUCAGUAAGCUUCAAGACCUGAAUGCAGCUCGUGCCCUUAGCAAGAAGGUGGAGGAUGCCAUGGCAAUGUUAGAAACGUACAACAAGAGGCUGUCAGAGGAGAUGGAGGCUCGCAAAAUGGUAGCGAGGAUGUUGCAUGACUACAUAACUUAUCAGAAGGACCUCCUUGCCCAGGCAGAAGAGACCCUAGAGGAGCAUCGGCAGAAACACAUCAAAGUCAAAAAGGUGCGGGACGAGCUGAAGGCACACCUACAAAACCUCCCGGACAUCUCAAAGCUUCCCAGCAUCCGCACAGGCAGCCUGGCGCCGCUGCCCUCUGCCGGCGACCUCUUCACGUGACUCUCUCCCGCCUGGUGCUCCAGUAACAGACUCAUAAUGCUGUGAAUAUUGUGAUAAUCAACGUUGAGAUCCACCAGCACCAGAGAGAGAAAGCUACACCACCAUCAUGAGUGUUUGGCAUGUUUGCUCCUAACGGUGAUCUUGAGUGUGUAUUUAUCUUAUUCUUUAAAGCUUGGUGACCAUGACUUUGUUUUAUGGAAUUUUUUGCAUUGUACAUCUAACUGUUUCCUUUUUCAUGUAUCAUGAUGAAAGGUGCAGAGUUCUAAAGGUUUGAGUCACUCAGAUCUUAUUAAGAAAUGAAAGGAUCUUUCCUUUCAGGAUUAUUACUGUUUCCUCUGUAUUUUCAUUGAGCUGCUGUCUGGAAAUGUAUUAAUUGUUUAUAGUUAGUAGUUACUCAGUUAGGCCAGACUAUCUGGGACAUCUCCCUUAUUAACUGGUUUAUCUAUAAAUCCAUGUAGUGCACUAGGAAAAGCUGUGUAUUUGUUGUCCCUGAUCAUUAGUGCACUCACCUCAAGUAGCUCUUGAAAAUAAGGGCCCUUUGCUCAUAGAGGAUAAGGUGAAAAACAAGUAUUCAGUUUAUGCUCUUAAUGAAGAUAACCUAAGUGAUUGACCAGUCAAGCUUCACCCUUCUUUAAGGCUUGUCCCUGUAAAGAGUAUAUUUCUACUCUUUAAACAGUAUAUUUUUUUUCUUUUUUUUUUUUAACUAGUCAAGUGUAACCCAGGUUUGUCUCUCAUAACUGAAAUCUUGAUGUACAUAACUCCCUCAUCUUAGUACCAUGUUAUUCACUAAAAAGGUUUCACCCACAACAGUGCUGCAACAAUGAACAGAAGAAAUAUCCUUUGGUGCUCUGAACUUUUUUAAUUACUUGUCACCCUCUUGAUAAGUCUACACUUCCAGUGAACCUCUUCAUAUUAAAAAAUGAUAUAUCACUGGGUACUCUUAUUUAAAAGUUUGCAGAUAACAUUCAAGUAUUUUAUAACCAUUGUUUGAUAGGAUGAGGAGGGAAGCAGAGUGGGAAGCCUAGUGGUGCCAGCUUUAGUUAAGAUUUUAGACCAUCAGCUUCUUGAGUAUAAUGCAAGAACACAAACUGAUGAGGUUGUAGUUAUUUCACUAUCAGUAACUCAUUUCUCACAUCAUAUUCAUCAAAUUCAUUUCUUGCAAGGUUCAGAAUAGGAAGGAAGGUGUAGAGGUUAUAAUGUAGUAUCAGACAUGUUAAAUGGGCACUACCAUUGUUGUGCUUACCAUCCUGCCCUCAUCUCCUUUACUCUUCAUCAGUCCUCACCAUUGUGCCGCCAUUCUUCCAUUCACCAAGCCUCAUCCUUCCACUGACUCCUCAACUCAUGUUUCUUCCUAGCUGAUGCAUUGAGAGUGGCUAAGCAAAGUUCAUGUGUGGAAUAUUUUUCUGUUUAUAGUAUUGCAGACGUUCCUAUCAGGCAAAGGGUAUCUGAUGUAGAUCAACCAGUGCAAUGAAAAAGACAUUCAAAAAAAUUACUUUUAAUCUAAGAUACUUAAAAAUGUUUGUUUUAAAUUGUGAUGUAUAAGGACAAAAUAUCUUUGAGACCCUUCCAUGCUUUUUAUGGAAGCAUCUUACUUGUAUGUGUAGCAUUGCAAUUGUUUUAUUUUAGUUACUAUAAUUGACAUGUAUAUAGAGAUGGAUAAAUUCACUUAUUGAAAAGGGAUAAUUGUGUCUAAAGAUAAGUGAGAUUAUUGGAACAUUUUACUUGGAAUUAUUCUGUGUGUGCAAAACUGGAUUGUGUAAAGUCAUUUACACCAUUGUUAUUCAGGAAAAGUUAAGCAGCGCCUUCCUUUUCCUCAGGGGGCGGCCACCCAAUGCAUGUCUUCCUAUGGCACUUAGGAGUCAUUACUAACUAGAGAGUGGGGGUUGUAGGGUGAGCCAUAAUUAUUUUUAAGACUGUUCAGCAGCUUGACACCCCCUAGAAAUGCACUGCACUAACCUGGCCAGCUUUUUGAAAGAUGAUACUGACGAGGGAAAAAAAUGCCUGAGGUGUUUUUAAACUUAUACUCUCCCCACCAUGAAUGUGUAUAGCAUAAGGGUAAGUAGACCCUUAACAGGUGUGCUAAAAAUGAAGCUACACAUGAAUUACUUCCUCACAACGUAGCUUCAUGAUUACCUUUCUUUGCUAGAUACAGAUGGAAGUGGUGUUCACUCAUUUACUAUAUUAACUUGGUUUUAAGUUCUGCCAGAGAUAAUUAAUUUAAUUGUAGCAGUUAUCUGACAGAUUCAUAGACUCAGACCUUAGGAAGUUAAUUAUAAUAAUUACUAUUUACAUACUGCCUUGUUAUAGUCUGAAUCUUGAAUGAGACAAAAGCAGGGCACAUGAAAGGAUUUUGGUGACUGAGUUUAUCUCUGUUACUUAGACGCCAAGCUUUAAGUUCCCCUCCUCAGUACUGUAUGUGAACAUUAGGCAGAGGACUGCUUCCCUCGCCUGCCCUCACUCCUACUCAAGCAUCUAAUAAGUAUUACAGUCUCAGCACAUUGAGUUGUGAGCAGCAGAUGACUUAAGGUCAAUCAAUACUGUGUUACUUGAGUAUAUAAGAUUGUGUGCAGUGUGUUGUUUGGUGUGCAAGUUCAUGCAUUGCCUUAUUCUGCAUGAGUAUCAAUGUGUAUACUAUACAUGUAUUAAACUAGUGAAACAUUAGAA